AUGAAAUUACAUACAUACUUGAUGUCCCCAAACCCAUAUGAGGUACGUAUAGUUGAGAUUGAUUAUACACCAAAAAGAUUGUUUUUGGAAUGGCAUGAUACACAAGUUGAGACUAAUGAUGUGUCACCUUUUGAGCCCAGUAGAAACAACCCUCCUGUUUCACCUACUAGAAAUGAGCCUUCAAUUGACAAUGCGGACAUGGAAACUGAUAAUGCAAUUGACAUAGAAACUGAAAUUGAACAUGGUAGUGAUGAUAGUAGCAGUGGUGAUGAUAGUGACAGCCGAGAUGGUGACUUUCUUAUGGACGAAGACAAUAUCAUUGAUGAUGUUGAAGUUGAAAUGAGGGAAUUCCACUUGAAUGUUGACCCGGAUGUUGAGUGGAUUAAAGGUGCUUCUAAAAGAAAGCAUCAUGUAGUUACAGAUGAUGGGAAUGAACUAGACAUUGAAGUUAUAAACAAUGAACUUUUCUUGUUUGAGUCUUCAUCGAAUGAUUGGAUAGAAGGUGAAAGAAAAAAAAUUAAAGCUAUUAGAAGGGAGUUUAAAGAUAGGGUUAACCAACAUGCAAUAGAAAUAAGAAGGGAGCUGGACUUUGAGAAGAAUGAUAAAAACAGAGUAACGGUUGUAUUCAAGGGAACCAUAACAAGCCUAGGUGGUGGGACCGGUCAAGAAGUAGUCUACGAAGAAGAGGUGCAAACUCAAAACCCAGUCACCACUAUCAAGCUUGAUGUCGAGAGUGAACCAAAUCCUGAUGUUGAGACAACUACCUUCAGACGCAUGUACAUGUGCCUUGGUUCUUUGAAGCAAGGAUUUGUAGCAGGGAAGAGGGAAUUUCUUAGGCUAGAUGGGGCUUUCAUGAAAGGACCUUUUCAUGGUUAA